AUGCAAUUGUGCUGUGAAUCCAUAAAUGGCUCCUGCAUAAGGAGCAGCUGGUCAAACAGCAUCCGUAUUUCCAUGUACAUCUUCAUGGUUUGUAUUAUUCUGGCCACAGUGGUUGGGAAUCUGACAGUUAUCAUCUCAAUAUCACAUUUCAAGCAGCUCCACACGCCUACAAAUUUCCUGAUACUUUCAAUGGCUACGGUAGACUUCCUGCUGGGAUUCUUCGUCAUGCCUUGCAGCAUGGUGCGCUCUGUUGAGCACUGCUGGUAUUUUGGGGAGUUCUUCUGCAAGAUCCACUCAAGCACGGACAUUAUGCUGAGCACAGCUUCUAUCUUCCAUCUUUCCUUCAUAUCCAUCGACCGUUACUAUGCUGUGUGUGACCCUUUAAGAUACAAAUCAAAGAUAAAUACUUCUGUCAUCGUGGUCAUGGUGUGUACAAGCUGGAUGGUCCCUGCUGCUUUUGCUUUUGGGAUGAUCUUUCUGGACCUAAAUUUGAGAGGGGCAGAAAAGAUUUAUAAUCAUGUCCACUGUGCAGGAGGAUGCUUUCUCCUUUUUAGCGAAACUUCAGGUAUUGUGGCCUCCAUAGUGUCUUUUUACAUCCCUGGAUUUGUUAUGCUGUGCAUCUAUAGGAAAAUAUACUCUGUAGCCAAGAAGCAGGCAAGAUCCAUCAAUACAAUUAGCAGAAAAAAAAUGCAAUUUGAAAUGAAGCACCACAUUUCAUUCUGCAGAGAAAGGAAAGCUGCUAAGACUUUAGGCAUCAUAAUGGGAGUGUUUCUCAUCUGCUGGACUCCAUUCUUCUUCUUUACAGCUACCAAUCCAUUUAUGAAUUAUGUGAUUCCUCCUGUUCUCAUUGAUGCUUUGGUUUGGUUUGGCUAUUUAAAUUCUACACUUAACCCAGUUGUUUAUGCAUUUUUUUACUUGUGGUUUCGCAGGGCAUUGAAGAUUAUUCUGUUAGGAAAAGUUUUUCAACAGGACUCUUCCAGGACUCAUUUGUUCUCAGACUAA